CAGAGGGUCCUCAUCCACCCCCGGAGGUGCAGCGGCUGGCCAGAGCGCCCACUGCCUAGCGGAGCGAUCUCAUCGUGGCGCGAUCAUGCUCCGGGUUCCCCUGUGUACGCUGCUCCCGCUCCUGGCACUGCUGCAACUGCUGGGCGCUGCGCACGGCGUCUAUGUGGAGCUGACCUGGAAGUCUCUCAUUGGCCACUGUCCUUUCUCAGGAAGUCACUUACCCCCCAGAGUCCACUGGCACUGAGCUCUGGGGGACUCUCCAGGAGCUGAGAGAAUGGCACUCUUCAGGCAGUUGUCGCUGGGCUCCAAGGCUGCCCUGGCUGCAGCCACGGUCUUCGUGUCCAUGAUCCUCUCCCGCUCCUUUCUGGCUGAGACCCUUGAGCUCCAGGCCUGGCGCUGGCUGUUCCGCCUGCAGCUGAUCCUGUUUGUGAACUCGAUCAUGCUCAUUGGCUCCUCGUACAUCUGGCGGAGCACCGUGAGCAACCUCAGCCAUUCCCCUGCUAUGGAAUCUACCUGUUUCCAGCUUUGGAAGCUGACUGUCAUGGCAUUUCUGGCCCUGGCACAUUCCAGCUUCUUCACCAUGCUCUUCUUGGUGGCUGAGGAACCCUACGUGUUUUCCUUAACAGCCUACUCCUGCUUGGGUGCCUACAUCAUCAUGGUCUUCUUCCUUUGUAUCUUGAAUGCCAUGGAGCAGGCCUACCAGUUCCUAGCCUGGCGCAGUGGUAGGGUGGUGGGCAGCCUGGACAAGACGAGGCACCUGGUGCUCAGGCCUGCGCUGGCGGUGGCCGUGACGGCGGUGCUCAGUACCAUUGGCCUUCUGAAUGCUGCCCAGCCCCCAGUGGUGAAAACCGUGGAGGUGCCCAUCCAUCAGCUGCCCGCCUCCAUGAACAACCUCAAGAUUGUGCUGCUUUCGGACAUUCACUUGGGGCCCACGGUGGGCAGGACCAAGAUGGAGAUGUUUGUGAGGAUGGUGAACAGGCUAGAGCCAGACAUCACUGUGAUUGUGGGCGACCUCUCCGACUCAGAGGCCUCUGUCCUGCAAACGGCAGUGGCUCCUUUGGGCCAGCUACGUUCCCGUCUUGGCACCUACUUCGUCACAGGUAAUCACGAGUACUAUACAUCAGACGUCAGCAACUGGUUCACACUGCUGGAAUCCUUGCACGUCCAGCCCCUACAUAAUGAGAAUGUGAAGAUUUCUGCCCCCAGGGACCCAGACAGUGCGGGGAGAGAUAAAGAAUGGGUCUGCUUGGCAGGCGUGGAUGACAUAGAGGCAGACAUCCUUCAUUACUCUGGGCAUGGCAUGGACCUUGACAAGGCUCUCGAGGGCUGCGGCCCAGACGAUGCCACCAUCUUACUGGCUCAUCAGCCUCUGGCCGCCAAGAGAGCCCUCCAGGCUCGGCCAGAUAUAAACUUGAUCCUUUCUGGGCACACUCACGCGGGGCAGAUCUUCCCCUGGAAUGUCGGGGCCUAUCUCCUGAACCCCUUCUUUGCUGGGCUCUACCAAGUGGGCAAGGCUACGUUUGUGUAUGUUAGCCCGGGUACAGCCUACUAUGGGAUACCCAUGAGGUUGGGGAGCAGGGCAGAAAUCACAGCGCUCAUCCUGUGGCGGCCUUCAUAAACCUGCCCCGAUGGCCCUACCUUGCCUUUCCCUACCCUGGCCUGACCUUCCUCCAUCUCCUGCUCCGUCCCAGCCUUGCCAGCACCCUUUUGACCACAGCCUGCUGGGAACAGCAGUGGGGAUGCCUGGCAAGUCCAGGCAGGCUUCACUCUUCAGAUAAUCAGUUGCUUUUUGACGAUACACCCGUGGGUCCACUUGGCCAUAGAAGUGUGAACACGCAUUUGUUUUCCAGCUGCUGUAGAGAGGGGUCCUUUUGCAGGAUGUGGGAUGGGCUAGAAAGGGCACUUCUUGACCAAACUCAGGGAGAGGCAGGAACGCUUGUCUCCUGCGGGUUUAGCCCUGGUUAGGGCUUGGGUGGGCUCUGGGAUUAUUUUUGAUUAGAGAUAGUUGGUCUGGAUAUGGGCCAUGUUGAGAGAGGCGUCUCCUCUCUGCUUGCCUGAGGAGAGCAUCACCUUUCCUCCUUGUCAAUCAAGGUCACCUUUAUCGAGGACAUUGGUAAACCCCAUUGGAACAUGGGGCCCUUCCUGUCUGCACCGUGAGGGGUGCUGAUUACUGUGCUGGGUGGCUGGGCCAGGGUGGCUUGAGAGGAAAUCAUGGGGACUGCGGUAGGGGAUGACGACCAUCCCUUAAGGACUUGGCAGCUCUGAGUCCCUGUUCUGUGUAGUCUUUGGGUGAGAUAAUUUAGGACAGGCUCCUUCUGUGUUUGGGGGUGAGGAAGGACACUGGAUGUGAGUAGAUGCCUUUAAAAAAAAAAAAACGCAGUGACAAAUACUUCCCUAGAUGGCCCUCGACUCCAGGUUCCAACUCGGUGUGGGAAGGGGAGCUACCUCUUUCUAAAAGUUCACUCUACAGCCUGAUGGUUUAGCAUCUUUAGAGGUUACAGUGAACAUGGGGUUCUAUGCAGAUAAACAAGGCCCUAGAGCCCCAUGUUCCUUUCAGAAUAGUUUGCUUGUUUGAGGCAGGCUUCAGUUCACUCAUAGCUAGAAGAGGGGAGGCCUCUAAGAGAGUCCCUCACUGCGGGAGGUCUUCCAUUAAUAGUCCGUGAGUUCUUUGAUUGGCACCUCCUACCCCUCACACCAGGUUUGGGUCUGAGAUUUUAGGGAGAAGCCGAGGUUUCUUGUCUACCCAUGGGAAACCUGAAGCUGCCAUGAGUGUGACCCAGCUUUGGCCCUGCAGGUUGCCCCAAGCCCCAGUUAUGGAAAGACAGGACUGACUAUCUUACCUGCGUGGGAGGUUUCUAACCCAUCUACCUUGGCCUCUGGCCACAGAAGCAUAGGGUCAUUCGUAGGGCUUAUAGACUCACAAGAAAAACAAAAGGAGCUAUCUUGUGCAGCGCCAGCAGAUUUGUGGGUCUAGCCUUUGCCAGGGGCAAGAGAGACUGCCCUUCGCAAAGCAGAGAGCUAGCUGGCCCUAGGAGAAGGCUCUACUGAGAUGUGUUUAAGAACUUCUGGGUAGCUGAGAGUCCUCUGUCUGGAGUGGGGCUUCCUGCUGCUUGUGAGAGAGGGUUGAAGCCUGGCAGUGACAAGCCUCC